AAACUGCCAUUCACCGUCCCUGAGCUGGUUCAUGCCUCUCCGUGCCGCAGCUCCGAUGGGGUUUUCUACACAGGCCGGAAGCAAGAUGCCUGGUUUGUGGUGGAUCCUGAGUCAGGGGAGACACAGAUGACUCUGACCACAGACGGUCCCUCAACCCCCCGCCUCUACAUCGGCCGGACACAGUACACGGUCACCAUGUAUGACCCAAGAGCCCCAGCCCUGCGCUGGAACACCACCUACCGCCGCUACUCCGCAACCCCCAUGGAUGGCUCACGUGGGAAAUACAUGAGCUAUCUGGUCUCCUGUGGGAUGGGCCUGCUGCUGACCGUGGAUCCAGGAAGUGGGGUGGUGCUGUGGACACAGGACUUGGGCGUGCCUGUGACAGGCAUCUACACCUGGCACCAGGACAGCCUGCACCAGCUGCCUCAUCUCACCCUGGCCCGGGACACCCUGCACUUCCUUGCCCUCCGCUGGGGCCACAUCCGGCUGCCUGCCUCAGGCCCCCAGGGCACAGCCACCCACUUCUCUGCCUUGGACACCCAGCUGCUGAUGACGCUAUAUGUGGGGAAGGAAGAAGCUGGCUUCUAUGUCUCUAAAGCACUGGUCCACACAGGAGUGGCCUUAGUGCCUCGUGGCCUGACCCUGGCCCCCACCGAUGGCCCCACCACAGAUGACGUGACGCUCCAAGUCUCGGGCGAGAGAGAGGGCUCACCCAGCACUGCUGUGAGAUACCCCUCUGGCAGCGUGGCCCUCCCUAGCCAGUGGCUGCUCAUUGGACACCACAAGCCACCCCCAGUGUUGCACACCACCAUGUUGAGGGUCCAUCCCACUCCAGGGGGCGGGACUGCUGAGACCAGACCCCCAGAGAGCACCAAGACCCCAGCCCUCUUCUUGGAGCUCCUGAGCCUGAGUGGGGAAGAAUCUUGGAACACGGAGCUGCACCCUGAAGAGAAAACCCCAGACUUGUACCCACGGGUGGGUCCCCAAGACCUGUUGGCAGCCAGCCUCACCGCUGUCCUGCUGGGAGGGUGGAUUAUCUUCCUGAUGAGGCAGGUGAGACAGCAGCUGGUGCAGAAGCAGCAGCAGGCACCCCAGGCACCUCCAGGCUCUUCACACGUCCCACAGGGUGCUCAGUCCCGGCCCUCGGGGACCACCCCAGAGGGCCAGAAGACAUGCGAUUGUCCCUCAGAGCAAGGACAGCCACUCAAAGACCCUGAAGCUGAGCCGCUCACUGUGGUGGGAAAGAUCUCCUUCAAUCCCAAGGACGUGCUGGGCCGCGGGGCAGGAGGCACUUUCGUGUUCCGGGGACAGUUUGAGGGGCGGGCAGUGGCUGUCAAACGACUCCUUCGUGAAUGCUUUGGCCUCGUCCAGCGCGAGGUCCAGCUGCUGCAGGAGUCCGACAGGCACCCCAACGUGGUCCGUUACUUCUGCACGGAGCGGGGGCCCCAGUUCCACUACAUCGCCCUGGAGCUCUGCCGGGCCUCGUUACAGGAGUAUGUGGAAAGCCCCAACCUGGACCUCUGGGGCCUGGAGCCCGAGGGGCUGCUCCAGCAGCUGAUGUCUGGCCUGGCCCACCUGCACUCCUUGCACAUAGUGCACAGGGACCUGAAGCCCGGGAACAUUCUCAUCGCGGGGCCUGACACCCAGGGCAGAGGCAGGGUGGUCCUGUCGGACUUUGGCCUUUGCAAGAAGCUGCCUGCCGGCCGCUGGAGCUUCAGUCUGCGCUCAGGCAUCCCCGGAACGGAAGGCUGGAUGGCACCCGAACUCCUUCAGUUCCCGCCCGCUGACAGCCCUACCAGCGCGGUGGACAUCUUCUCAGCUGGCUGCGUGUUCUACUACGUGCUUUCUGGCGGCAGCCACCCAUUUGGAGAGAGUCUCUAUCGCCAGGCCAACAUCCUUGCGGGGACGCCCUGUCUGGCUCACCUGGAGGAGGAGGUCCAUGACAAGAUGGCUGCCAGGGACCUGGUGGCGGCCAUGCUGAGCACACGACCACAGGCCCGGCCCUCUGCCCCUCAGGUGUUGGCCCACCCCUUCUUCUGGAGCAGAGCCAAGCAGCUCCAGUUCUUCCAGGACGUCAGUGACUGGCUGGAGAAGGAGGCCGAGCAGGAGCCCCUGGUGAUGGCGCUGGAGGCGGGCGGCCACGUGGUGGUCCGGGGCAAUUGGCACAAGCACAUCUCGCUGCCACUGCAGACAGAUCUGAGAAGGUUCCGGUCGUAUAAAGGAACCUCAGUGCGUGACCUGCUCCGUGCCAUGAGGAACAAGAGGCACCACUACCGGGAGCUCCCGCUGGAGGUUCGGCAGGCUCUGGGCCAAGUCCCGGACAGCUUCAUCCAGUACUUCACAAACCGCUUCCCCCGGCUGCUUCUGCACACGUACCACGCCAUGGGGAGCUGUGCCUCAGAAAGCUUCUUCCUGCCCUACUACCCGCCAACCUGGGCCGGGGAGCCAUGCCCAGAGGCCGCUGGGAGCUGA